GGCUUGCUCUGCCAACGGCUCGCUGCCCGACUGGGUGUGGUGACAGGCAAGGACUUGGGCGAGGUCUGCCAUCUCUACUACCAUAAGGAGAGGAAAUUGAAACCUGGGGAAGUGACCUGCCCAGGGUGCAAAAUAGGUAGGCAUUGGCUUGGGACGGUCACCGGCUGGGGUAGACACUGGGGACUUGGUCGUUGUCGGUGUCCAAGCAGGAAAACAGAGACCUGGCCACGAGAUCUUUCAAAGGUAUUCAAUGCAGAGGUGUGGUCACAAAGGUGAUGGAAGGACUGAAGGAACAAGGGAAGGAGGUAUUCAUCCAAGAUCAGGAAGCUGCUGGGCAGCAGCCCAAGAGCCAUCAUUUGCUGUCUUCAGGAAGCUUGGCCGCUACUGUCAAAACAGCCACCAACGCUGGUGGAGCCAGGGAAGCCUGGUGCCCUUGAUGGUGCCUGUGCCAGAAACACCACUAGAAGUAGGGGGAAAGAGUGAUCCCUCCCUGCCUUUUAAUCUCCCUUAAUUGUUUCCUACAAAACCUAACUGGAGGCCAGCUGGCAAGGCCGACAAACAUAGUUUGUGCCGGGUAUGGAAAGGUCCGGGACAUCAACAAAUAACAAUAUCUGGCCCAGCCUUGAUGCAGUGCUCCCUCCCCCCGCCCAGGCGCCCCGCACCCUCCUCUGGCUGACCAUCGAGCUAGCCAUCGUGGGCUCGGACAUGCAGGAGGUCAUCGGCACGGCUAUCGCAUUCAAUCUGCUGUCAGCUGGACGAAUCCCACUCUGGGGCGGCGUCCUCAUCACCAUCGUGGACACUUUCUUCUUCCUCUUCCUUGACAACUACGGGUUGCGCAAGCUGGAAGCCUUUUUUGGAUUCCUUAUUACAGUUAUGGCCUUGACCUUCGGCUAUGAGUACGUGGUGGCCCGUCCAGCCCAGGUAGCGCUCCUCCGGGACCUGCUCCUGCCCUCGUGCUCCGGCUGCGGCAGUCCUGAGCUGCUGCAGGCCGUGGGCAUCGUUGGAGCCAUCAUCAUGCCCCACAACAUCUACCUGCACUCGGCCCUAGUCAAGUCUAGAGAGAUAGACCGGUCUCGCCGGGCAGACAUCCGAGAGGCCAACAUGUACUUCCUGAUUGAGGCCACCAUCGCCCUGUCUGUCUCCUUCUUCAUCAAUCUCUUUGUUGUGGCAGUCUUUGGACAGGCCUUCUACCAGCAAACCAACCAGGCUGCGUUCGACGUCUGUGCCAACAGCAGCCUCCACGACUACGCCAAGAUCUUCCCCAAGAACAACCUUACAGUGGAGGUGGACAUUUACCAAGGAGGCGUGAUCCUGGGCUGUCUCUUCGGCCCGGCUGCUCUCUACAUCUGGGCGGUGGGCCUCCUAGCGGCCGGACAGAGCUCCACCAUGACCGGCACCUACGCGGGACAGUUUGUGAUGGAGGGCUUCCUGAAGCUGCGCUGGUCACGCUUUGCCCGCGUGCUCCUCACUCGCUCCUGCGCCAUCCUGCCCACCGUGCUCGUGGCAGUCUUCAGGGACCUGAAAGACCUGUCAGGGCUCAACGACCUGCUUAAUGUGCUGCAGAGCCUGCUGCUUCCCUUUGCUGUGCUGCCUAUCCUUACAUUCACCAGCAUGCCAGCCCUCAUGCAGGAGUUUGCCAACGGCCGGCUGAGCAAGGCCAUCACAUCCUCCAUCAUGGCGCUGAUCUGUGCCAUCAACCUCUACUUCGUGAUCAUCUACCUGCCCAGCCUCCCCCACCCUGCCUACUUCGUCCUUGUAGCCCUGCUGGCUGCGGUUUAUCUGGGCCUCACCACCUACCUGGUCUGGACCUGUUUCCUUGCCCAAGGAGCCACCGUUCUGGCCCACAGCUCCCAUCAACACUUCUUGUAUGGGCUUCCUGAAGAGGAGGAGAAGGAGAGGAUCUCUGGAUGAUCUCCCACACAGAGCCUGGCUUGGGCGUGGAAUGAGUGGGGCAGACUGGCCUGCCCCGGGGUGUGUGUGUGUGUGGAGGCAACAAGAUGGAGUGGGAGUUUUGGAGGCAGGCUAACCAGGCUUCCAUAGAGACUUGCUGUUUCCCAGCUUGGACAAGUGAUUAAUCUCCAGUCUGUGUUCUCAUCUGUAGAAUGAGGACAACGCCAACCGUGUGAUGGAUGUAAAGCACUUUAACACAAUGCCUGGCACGUGGGACUUAAAAAUAAUAGUAACUCCAAAAAUAUUUAUUGUGGGCCUAUAGGAGUGACCUGACAAACGGACCCAUUUGGGGACGGGACACACGCAUCAAACUGGCACUUACGAUGGUCUGAUUAGCUUGAUGAAUGCUCAAUAAAUGCUAGUCUACUUCUCA